AUGCCGAAGGCAAUUCCCGAUUCGGCCAAGAGCGGCAGCCCGGGGGACCGAUUGGUUCUGCAUGGCUCGCCGCCGAUGGGCGACCUGGCGAGUGCGUCCUCGCCGUUCGUGGCUAAGGUGGAGCUGUUCCUGCGCAUCAUGGGCAUUGAUUACGAUGCGGACUUCAACAUGAAUGGGCCCAAAGGCAAGAUUCCGUGGAUCACGCACGGCGACGUGGUGCUGGGCGAUUCCACCUUCAUCAUCGAGUACCUGAAGAACACAUAUAAGGGGAAAUUGAAGAUCAAGGAGCCAGAGACACCGCAACAUAAGGCCAUCAACAACAGCUGCCUCCACAUCUGCGAGGGCAAUUUGGUGUAUGGGAUAGCCUACUACCGGUUUCUGAAUCCAAGCGGUUUUGCUGAGAGCAAGAAAUUCUUCGACAGCUUGAUUCCCAUUCCCAUGCGCUGGUUCUUCCCCUACCUGUUCCAGCGGACUGUGAGGAAGAAUCUCUACCAACAGGGCCUCACUCGCCAUUCGGAAAACGACGUAAAUGCCAUCCUGACAGCGAGCUUCAGCGCUCUGUCCACCUUCCUCGGCGACCAGCCAUACUUCUUAGGGGACGAGCCGUGCGAGACGGACUGUAUCGUCUUCGCCCCACUGGAGGGGUACCUGUACGAUGGCACGGACACACCGGGGGCCAGACUCGUCAGGCAGUUUCCAAACUUGGUGAGAUUCGUGGACCGGCUGCGUGCAAGAUACUUUCCUGUGGACAAGCCGGGAAAGAUUCGACCGUAG